AUGUUGUCUAGAGGCUCAAUUGGACGUUAUUCUGCUUUUUUUGCUUCGAAAAACUUCAUUAGAAGUUUAUCAAAUGCUCCAUUAGACUCUACAAAAUUGAAAAUUAUUUCAAGUACUAAACCUUCAAAACCAAAACCUAAUGAUCAAUUAGUUUUUGGUAAUACUUUCACAGAUCAUAUGUUGACUAUAGAAUGGGAAGCUGGCAAAGGUUGGGGUACUCCAGAGAUUAAACCGUAUGCUAAUUUGUCCUUAGAUCCGGCUUCUUGUGUUUUCCAUUAUGGGUUCGAAUUAUUUGAAGGUAUGAAAGCUUAUAGGACUAACGAUAAUAAAAUAACUAUGUUCCGUCCUGAUAUGAAUAUGAAGCGUAUGAACAAAUCAGCUGCAAGGAUAUGUUUACCAACUUUUGACUCAGAUGAAUUGAUUAAAUUGAUUGGAAAAUUAAUUGAAAACGAUAAACAUUUGGUACCUGAAGGUAAAGGUUAUUCUUUAUACAUCAGACCAACUAUGAUUGGUACCACUAACACUUUAGGAGUUAGUACCCCAGAUAAAGCAUUGCUAUUUGUCAUCAACUCUCCUGUUGGUCCUUAUUAUAAAACAGGUUUCAAAGCCGUUAAAUUAGAGGCAACUGACUAUGCUACAAGAGCUUGGCCAGGUGGUGUAGGUGAUAAGAAAUUAGGUGCCAACUAUGCACCAUGUAUCUUACCUCAAUUGCAAGCUGCUGAAAGAGGUUACCAACAAAAUCUAUGGCUAUUCGGUCCUGAAAAAAAUAUCACUGAAGUAGGUACUAUGAACGCAUUCUUUGUCUUCAAGGAUUCCAAAACUGGGAAGAAGGAAUUGGUUACCGCUCCAUUAGAUGGUACCAUCUUGGAAGGUGUCACUAGAGAUUCUAUCUUAACUCUAGCUAGAGAAAGAUUAGAUCCAAAGGAAUGGGAAAUAAAUGAACGUUAUUAUACUAUCACAGAAGUCGAAGAAAGGGCCGCCAAAGGUGAAUUGGUGGAGGCGUUCGGUUCAGGUACCGCCGCUGUUGUCUCUCCAAUUAAAGAAAUUGGCUGGAAGGGUAAUGACAUCCAAGUUCCUCUAUUACCAGGUGAACAGUCUGGUCAAUUAACCAAAUCAGUCGCCAACUGGAUUGCUGACAUUCAAUAUGGUAGAGAAACUUAUGAUAACUGGUCAAGAGUUGUUGCUGACUUAAAUUAG